AUGUCAAGAAACGGCAGCGCUGUUAUCCUCGCCGGGGCCUCAAGUGCCCCCUACCCGCAAGGUCGCCUCGCAAUCAGCACCGCCAAGACACACACGUUCUUCAUCUCUGGUGUUACAUCGAGACGUGCUGAUGGCUCCCUUGGUGGAGUACAGAUCGCAAAUGAUGGCACUGUAACUUUGAGCAUCGAGGAACAGACCUCCGCCGCUCUUGAAAAUAUCGACGCCAUUAUCAAAGAAGCAACGAAUGGAAAGGGCGGGCUCGACAAUGUCAUUGAUGUCACUGUCUUUCUCACCAACUUGGGUGCGGAUUACGCCGGGAUGAAUAAAAUCUGGGUCAAGGCCUGGCCUAACCGUGAGGGUGCUCCGGCAAGGACCUGCGUGGGUGUUAAGGAGUUGCCGAGUCCAAAUCUCUUGGUUGAACUCAAGGCAACAGCUCUUAUAGAAGACAACUAG